GUCAUCCAUUCCAUAAUACAAAUAGCCCCCACGGACACCGGAGCAAGCAGCGUCGGCAGCAGAGAGAUUCCCCGAUCCGAUCGAACAGAAUCCCCCGGCCGAUCGAGAUCCAGCCAUGGCGUCCGGCUGCACCUUCCUCGAGAUCCUCAUCGCCAUCCUCCUCCCGCCGCUCGGCGUCUUCCUCCACUACGGCCUGUGCAGCAAGGAGUUCCUCAUCAGCGUGCUGCUCACCAUCCUCGGCUACAUCCCCGGCAUCAUCUACGCCGUCUACGUGCUCGUCUCCCGCAGCGACGAGCAGCCCCAGGGGGACUACUAUGCCGUUGCAUAAUUAGCCCGCUGUAACAAUUCUGUAAUGAUGGCUUGUACUUUGUGAUGAACCCGCCAUGUCAA